GGCGCUAGGGCCGGGCCGGGCCGGGCCGGGCCGGGCCAUGGGCAACGCGCUGGGCCCCGCCGCGCCCCGGGCCCCGCGCCGGGGGGGGGCCCUCGGGAACCCCGGCAGCUUCGACGAGCUGCACCGGCAGUGCAAAGAGGUUUUCCCGCAGCAGAUGGAGGGCGUGAAGCUGAUCGUCAACAAGGCGCUGAGCAGCCACUUCCAGGUGACGCACACGGUUCACAUGAGCACCCUGGGGGCCUCCAACUACCACUUCAACGCCACCUUCGUGGGUGACCGGCAGCUGGGACCCACCGAGGCUUUCCCCACGCUGGUUGGGGACAUGGACAACAGCGGCAGCCUCAACGCCCAGGUCCUGCACCUCCUGGCCGAGCGCCUCCGCACCAAAGCCGUCUUCCAGACGCACCAGGCCAAGUUCGUGACGUGGCAGUUCGACGGCGAGUACCGGGGCGACGACUGCACCGCCACCGUCACGCUGGGCAACCCCGACCUCCUCGGCGAGUCCGUCAUCCUGGUGGCGCAUUUCCUGCAGAGCGUCACCUCCCGCCUGGUGCUGGGCGGCGAGAUGGUUUACCACCGGCGGCCGGGCGAGGAGGGAGCCAUCCUCACGCUGGCGGGCAAAUACACGGCCCCGAAAUGGGUGGCGACGCUCAACGUGGGCUACGGCGGUGCCCACGCCAGCUACUACCACAGAGCCAACGAGCAGGUGCAGGUCGGGGUGGAGCUGGAGGCCAACACGCGGCUGCAGGACACCACCUUCGCCUUCGGCUACCAGCUCAACUUGCCGCAGGCCAACGUCGUCUUCAGAGGGCUCCUGGACAGCAACUGGAGCGUCGGGGGGGUGCUGGAGAAGAAGCUGCCCCCGCUGCCCGUCACCCUGGCUCUGGGCGCCUUCCUCAACCACUGGAAGAACCGCUUCCACUGCGGCUUCAGCGUCAUCGUGGGCUGAGGGGCGCCGCCUGCCCCCCGUCCUGCUCAGGGAGCCACCGUGCCGCAGGGGGACCGGCCGUCGCCCGCCCCCCGGGGGGCCGGGGCCGGGGUCCCUCGCCGCCGGGGGACGGCGCGCGGCGGCGCUGGGGAAGCCUUCGGGCUGGGGAGUGGCUGCUGGCGGCGCCGGCGGCCUCGGUCCCGCCCGCACCAGCACCGCUCUGCCUCAGUUUCCCCCCCCCUGGCUGUGCAGGGAGGCGCUCCGGGGCCUCGGGGACGUGGCGGGGGGCUGGAAGCACCCGGCGGUGCCCGCGCGUACGCACCCACGGAGCCUGGAAAAAUAAAAAGAGCUUUACUCUGCCCUGGAAA